CAUACAAUUAAUCACAAUUAAAUAUUUUAAUCGAUUCACAGCCCUACUUAUUUCACUAUAGUGAGUAAAACAUCAUUUUGGCGUAGUUUUCUUCAAUCAAUAAGCUUUUUUAGCAUUUUUUAGUAAUAAAUGUUAUUAAUGUAAUCUACUGCAAAUUAUGCAGUAAAAACCUUUCCUUUUUUUAUCACUGUGAACUAAAUUCAUUCUUUCCUCUUUAGUGCACGUUGUGUUCAUCAUUCAUUUAAAACUUGCCGUGUGUGUAAAUAGAUGAUACCGAGGUAUAGUUUGUGCAUCUCAUUCAGACCGCUGUGUGUUCAUGUUCACACUGUGGUUUCAGUCUGAGGUUUGGUAAGUGAGAAAAAACUCAGUGGAGUCUCAGUGGUGUUUAUCCACCUGAUAACAGCUGUAAUUAGGAAUUCAGUCUUCAGCAAACUGGAUGUUUCAGUCUGACUCUGUGGAGUAUGUAGUAUACGUGGUGAAUAUGAGUUGUACGUUUCUGAAAACUGAACAGCUUGAGGUCUCUCUUAUCUUUACGUCAACAUGCACCUCAUCUCGUUUCUGGGUUUUCCCUGAAAAAGCUUUUGAAGUUAAAAUAAGCAGCGAAAGGAAAUCAGAAAAAGUCGGGUAGCUUGAUAAAGUCUCAGUCUGCGAAAUUUUUCCUCAAAAACAGUCGACACUCUAAGGGACUAUGAACAUAAGCAACCAGCUAAAUGAGAAAAGAUAUCGGUUGAUUUUCUCUUUCAAACUAAAAGUGUAAGUUUGUUUUACCAACUACUUAAAAGGUAGACCAUUACAUGUAUGUUUAUUGUCAGUUCAGAGAGAGCAGUUAAUUAUACUUUAUUAUUACACAACUUUGUUGAAGACUCAAUUCUGAUUGGUCAAUCACGUUGUUCUACAGUCUGUUAUUCCGUUGCUAUGUAUAACAGACCGUUGCUAUGGGUGCAGUUCUGAUGCCAGACUAUGGAGGACCGCUUUUGUGUAAAAUUAUUGAUUUCUUAAGUAAGUAGCUGUGUAAUAAGCUUGAUAAUGUACAGCUAGCGGGUCAUUGUUGUGAAAUAAAGCCCUUCAAGGUGAUGCAAGACCUUGAUCCUUGACCUUGCAUCGCCGUGUCGGGGUUUAUUUCACAAUAAUGACUGGCUCCGGCUCGCUGUACAUUAUCCCUUACAUGUUUUUUUGAUGUGAUGUGAAUUUACUGUGUUCGCACAUUUUAAGUUACUGUAAAAACCCUCAGAAGUGUCAGGUAUAAUGGAAACAGGUUGGUCAGUCAGCAUAUUUUUCAAAGUUCAAACUGAUGUCACACAGUGUAUGUUACAUGUCGGGUUGAUCACUUGGUAAUCUGCAAACAGCAGCAUGUUUAAUGAGAGCAGCUUCUCAGCACACUGACAUGUUAAAGUCAACUGAGUUCUUUGUGGUGGGUGAAAAACAGACAACAGAAGUAGGGCAAAAGUAUCGGAGCUAACGAUCAAAGUUUUCUGCAUUUGCUGAAAUACCACCAAACUAGGUCACUGGCCUCUUUAAGAUGUUUCUCUCAUGGAACAGAGUUCACUUCAGUCAGACGCAGCUCACAAAGCAAGUGAGGAAGAUUGCUGAAAAGGUGUCGGAUUGUAUCGUGAUAAGAAAACCUUAAAAACGUCACAAAGUUAAUCAGCAGGAUACUGCCGUGACACAAAUGUCUCUUAUCUGCCAUGGUGCACGUAUAAAAGAGCCGAAGAUCAACAAAACUCUGCGUCUCCUCCUCAUGUUAGACAGAACUUCCCCCAAACCUACACAGAUGGCUGAGCUGCUGAGUCAAGCUGAGUGGGUUCUAAGAGAUUAACAAAGAUGAGCUGAGAUGAAUCUCUCCUCGACCUUUUGGAGAUUCAUUGUUAUACUUCUCUGUUUUUCCAUCAAGCGUUGCCCGCUGCUUCCUGCUGGCUGCCAGCGCUUCAAUGGCCUCGGCUACCUGACAGUUCAACCAGCUCGGCUCUUCCUCAUCGGCUCAAACCUGACGGUGUACUGCCACACCACACAAUGUCAUGGGAGUUGGAAAAUGUCCCUGGAGCUGAACAGUGAGACUGUGAAUUCUUGGAAAAAAGUCAACUGCACCACGAUGAUAUUCAGUCUGUUCAACGUCCGGAUGCCGCGAUCUAUCGUGCACUGCAAGCUGAAGAAUGACCAGCUGUCUAAGAUUGUCAAUGGACUGGAUCUACGCGGCGGACUCCCUCCAGAUAAACCUGAACAUAUUCUGUGUGAAACAGCAAUGAGCUCAGAUUUUAUAAACUGCUCCUGGGAGAGAGGACAGAAAACUCACCUCCUUACUACCUACAACAUUUCACUCAACAGAGAAAGUGGGACCCAGGUGCUGUUCGAUCAGAUCCAGGAUGCUGAAGGAAUCACCAUACCCCGAGCACUGACGGAUGAAAACACUACAUACCAGCUGAACAUCACUGCUUACAACCACUUCGGAGCAUCGCAAUCUGAUCCAUUCAUCCUCUGCGUAAAGGAUAUAGUGAUACCGGAGACGCCUCAUAUCACGCAGAUAGAGUUUGGGAAUAACUCCAUAGCAGCCGUGUUGCAGUGGAAAACCUCUGACUCCUCAGAGCGUCUCAGACCCGAUGUCAGGCUUCGCACAGAUAACGGCUUCUGGGAAGUGGAAGAGGGAACAGAACUCAGUUAUGGUCUGAUACAAGUGGACGGACUGAGGCCUCUGACUGAAUAUGAGUUCGAGAUGAGAACAUGUAACUCGUCGUCAGGACCAGAGCAUACCAACACGCUGAGGUCAAACUCCAGCAAAAGGUCGUUCUGCAGCAAAUGGAGCAAAUCUGUGAGGAGGAGAAGUCCUGGAAAAGGUCCAUCUCAGCAGCUGCACGUGUGGAGGAAGUUCGGCAGCUUGGGGACAAAUGGGGUGCGCGUGGUGACUGUUUUGUGGAAGCCUCCGUCUCCAGAGGAUUACAGUGGUGCGGUGCAACGGUACGAGAUCUUUCUGGGUAAAGACCAGAAACAGAAAGUGACGUGUGCUGCUGCUUCGAGCAAGUGUUCAGUUCAGGUACCAGCGGAGCUCCAGGCGCUCAGCAUCAGUGCCGUCACCUUGUAUGGAACGUCUCCACCGGCUGAUGUGCCACUCAGACACUCAGGUGAUUUUGGACCUGUUUUGAGAGAGCUGGCUCCUGCAGCUAAUGGCAGGGCUGUGUUCGUCUCCUGGUCGUGGCCGGAGAACAAACAGCGGUCAACAUCUGGAGGAGAACCACUGCACUAUGUGUUGGAAUGGACAAGUGUUCCUGAGGCAGAGCUGCAGUGGCAAACGGUUGCUAAAGAUCAAAACAACACUUUCAUGACAGGUCUGACUGAAGGUGUGAGGUACAACAUCUCUCUAUAUGCUGUGACCACCAGAGGCAUCAGCGCUCCAUCAUCCCGUCUGGUCUACUCCAGAGAACUGAAGCCGGUGUCUGGUCCCAUCACGUCAGUACUGGUCCAUGAAGCCAGACGGAUCCGGAUCCAGUGGGACGAGCUGCCUGUAGACAAGCAGAAAGGUUUCAUCACAAAAUACACCGUCUAUCUGCAGAUGCUGGACUCCAACAGCACAAAACUCGUGACAGUGUCAGGCUCCGGUCCCAGACUGAUGUGGCUGGACUGUCCUGAAGGAGCUCUGGCUCUGCAGCUGACUGCAUCCACCUCAUCAGGAGAAGGGAAGCUGGGGAACCGGAUCUGCUCUCAGCCCGAAAGCCCUGCAGUUGACCUGGUGAUUGUGACUGUUUUCAUUGUUACCCUCUUGAUAGCGAUCAUAGCCAACCUGAUGUGCUGGAGUUGUGUGAGGGAAAGGAUCAAACAGAAAUGUAUAUCCUGGGGACCUGCCUGGCUCGAUGAAAACUUACCAAAACCAGGAAACAGUAAUGCCAUCAGACUACUGGAGUACGGAAGCGAAUUGUCCUUCUCGUCCACCGACAGCGACCCUCCGCUGUCCCCCAUCAGUUUUAUCUCCCAGGAGGAGAGAGAUGACGUGUACCCCAACAUCCACCUCGAAAUAUCCCGAAUUGAAUCGGGACCCACAGAAGCCACAGUGGAGACGACACCUUUGCUAACGUCACAUCCCGGGACGAUGCUUGUUGACGGCCAGCUGGAAGAUGUCGGCUACAAACCCCAGAUUGCUUCGUUGGCUCCACCAGGAGGAGAGGAAGUGAAGGAGACAGAAGAAGAGCAGAGGGACAUACCAUCGAGUGGGGAGGAAGACCGAUGUGCAUUAGGAUUACUGGGAAGCUUUCUGUCCGGUGUGGAGGUGGAUAUCACUGAUCCACCUCUGGGGCCGACCCUCAGCUCUGUUGGCGGUCUUUUGUGGCCUAAAACUCCCGAAACAACCAGUGUCUUGAAUCAAGGCUUCUUACUGGGAAGGACGGGAACUGAGAACAAUGUGAGAGCAGACUCACCCUCUCUGGAUUUACAACAAGGUGGAAUAAUGACUCCUGACUCAGCGGAUACUUGUUUAUCUCAGUAUACAGUUGAGACACUUACUGGUGGUUAUUUCCCCCAAACAGCAGCUCUGAGCAGCGCUACGUGACACAGAGGAAGAAGGAACGAUGGGAAUGAGACACAAACAGGACAAUGUGCACUAUUAAACUGAUUUUAAAGAAAGCAUUAUAUUCAAGCACCACUUCACUUGAAGUGAUUACCUCAGUGACUUUGUGUAACCAGAGAAAACUAAGUUAAUAAAUGAAUAAGAAAUGUU